CCGAUUGCUUGAAGAAUGGCUUGUCUAGACCUCCUUGCUUUGCAACCAGAAAUGGGGAGUAGGAAGAGAGCUGACAGGAAGAUGAAAAGUAUAAUUUUCCGGUGAUUUGCAGACAGGGACUCCUGAUCAUCAGCUGCCAUGUAAGAAUGGAAGAUACUUCUGAGCUCCAGGCAGUUAAAGGGGUUUCUUGGUUGCAAAUUGCAGAAGGAAAACAUCAGGGAGGUGCUCCUUUCAGGCACUUUUGCUUAAUGUUAAGCUGGGAGUGUGGCCACGUUCAGUUCUUUGGGCUGAAUUCUUUUCACCACUGCUCCUUUCCUCCCAAUUUCAGAGAACUGUAUUCCUAGAUAGUAAUGGAAAGGCCAUCUGGGAAGCGAAACAGAUUCUUUGCUACAGCAUGUUGGAGGUUUCAGCUCUGACACCUGGCACCAGCACAGAGCAUCAUUUAUCAUUAGCUUCCAAGUAGAAAAGGGAAAAUCCUGGCUUCUGUCCUUCUUUGAUACAUUUAUUUCUGCCCAAGAGAUGGCUAUAGUCUUUCAUGAGAGACACUGUAGUUACUUUGUGCUGUUUGCAUGUGGAAUGUAUUUGAUCCAGCUGCUCCCAGAGUUUGAGUCAACUGUAUUUUUUGAGAUGCAGCCAGCAGUGAAGUUAGCUUUCCUUUUGCCUUUUAUUCCAUGGUAUUUGCUACCCUUACCAGGGUUGCUCUUCACCACUGAGGUCCUUUCUCAAGGAACUAUUGUGACAGCUGGAGCCAAUACAAAUUCUCUUACUAGAACUGUCUAACUUGCUUCAUUUCACAAACUCAGUUGACUUAGUGUUGAGGAACUAGCUGAGUGUCUGCUCUUACAGUUCUUCAGUUGCAAGAGCUACAUAUUUUUCUGCCCUGCUCAGUGGAGCACUAAAAGAAGACAUUUUGGUCUGUUGCUAACAGUGUGAAGCACCUCACCUUUUUUCCCCGGCCUGACCUUUCUUUUUCUGUCUUAUUAGUGGCUGAUACUACAUAGCUGAAGCUGGAAAGGCAGUUACCUUCACCAAUGAGAAAAACCCUCCUUGCUCUUGAGAUUUACCAGCUGCUCAUCUCAUUUAUAGUAUUCAUUCUCUUAUACCCAUUUCAUUUUUUUGUGGGUGAAAUUAAAUACUUGUGGCUUUGCACAAAAUGUGAAGGUAAUAAUGUUCUAAAGAAAACUCUAAAACCCACAUUGACAUAGUGUCUUUUUGAGGGCAACUCAAAAGUCACAAAAUACUCUGCAAACUUUCAGGUUCAUCAGAGGGGUGUGGGCUGUCCCACACUAGAGACAUUCAGAAAGAAACUAGACAGCCAACUGGGUGGAAUGGUGUGACGUGGUGUCCUGCAAUAGCAGGGGGCUGGACCUGAUGGCCUUCAUGGCCCCUUCCAACUCUACUGUUCUAUAAGUCUAUGAAUCAAGCAAAAUGGGAAAGGCAUGAACACAUCAAUUAUCUCAAGGUCUUGGCAAUACAGAAGGUCUUCACUGCCUUCUAACCUGUUCUUCAGAACUGCCACAAACGGAUCCCCACGGACAACGCUACCAUGGUAUUCUGCCUGAACAACAGGAAGGUGCCAAGUCCAUUCCCCUGACACAACGCUCCGUAUGAGACUGGCUACUUUGGGGGUAGAUAGUGUUUGACUAGAUAGACCUUUUGGUCUGGCAUGGUAAAGUAAGUCCUAGAUUUCUUUUUCUUUGAAAAAUAGGAAUAACAUGUUCACAAAAUAACUAGUAAGGUACAGGCUCCUUGGUGAGCUUAUGUAGUAAUUCAGCCUUUGCUGGGUAAGAGUGUGUGUGUGUGUAGGUGUGUGUCUUCAAAAGGCUCUUGCCUUUAGUUGUAUGGUGCUAAUAGGCAUUGUUGAUAAAGAUCUUGUAUUUUGCUAGCUUCAGAAAACUGUAGCAGUGAAAAGCUGAUGACAUUUUUAAAGCAUAGCUCAAGGUGGCAGUCAUCUGCUGUCUCUGUAGUGUUGUUCCCUGAGAGAUGCUUUACAUAUUUGUAGAGUAGCAUAUAGCACAUAAAAUUUUCCUCCGCCAUUGUAGGUUUGUCCACUGAAAAGCCAAUUCACACUACAACAUCCAUCCCAGUAUAGAGUAUCUAUAUGCUGCUAGUAUGUGUGGAAUCCUUAAUGUUCUCAUUCUUGUAGGAAGUGCUUUAUCGAUUUACUAUUGGGAUCAACCCAGUUGUCAUAGAUGUUGUUUGUUGACCUGUGAGAGGAAUUAGAUUCUAGCGGGGAAACAUUGUCCUAGAGGAUUGUUUCAUACAUAGUGAUAGAAUUCAAAGGAGAUACCUGAAGUCUGCGAAGACCUUACAGCCUCUUCCAAAUGCCUGAUGCCUCCUUUCCCUUCAGCUUUUUGUCCCUGGCUUAGUCAGCAUAUUAGUAGCAAGCACAAAGUUAUCAGCUUUUGAAAAGUCACCCCAAUACCUAUUAGCUAUUGCUAAGGGGUUUGGCUUGCCUGUCUUUCUUUCUUUUGCCCUGAAGGACUUCCUCACCUUUGCCUGUUUGCAAGGUUCCUUAGUGAAUUGCCUGCCUAUUGCUGUAUUCAGAGUUUUUCAGUUGAAAGGUUUCAGAAAGACCUUACAGAAAGCAGGAGGAUAGGGAUGUUGUAAGAACUGAGCAGCACUUGGUAAGAUUAUCCCUAAAACAUGUUUAAUUAAGGACAGACAGACUUCAGUGUAUGUUACUCAUUCUGUUAAAAGCAUGUGCUCAUCUAGGCAAGGCAUAGUCCAAGUUUGGAAGUUUCCACCACAUUGUAAUCCCCUUUCCAAGUUAUCUCGCUUUUGGCUGUUUUAUGAGGACUUUCCCUAUACAUUGUCUACAGAUUCUUUUAUAAAAGCCUAGCCAUGCGCGCGUGUGUGUGUGUUACCAUUUAUGUUAAGGUAUUAUAUAUGUAUCUUUGACAUCAGAGCAAAAUGUGAAAGCUUACUAUUUGUUUAAUUUGAAGCACUUUCAUCUGUGUUUUGAUGGGGAAAUAAUCCCAUAGUGUCCCAGAGCUGCUUGCUUCAGUUUGGUACAGCUAUCACAAAGCUACCCAAAACAAAACAAAACGAAAAAUGUAGCAUUUACCAUAGUGCAGUGUUGUACAGAUUAUAAAUGUGUGUGGACAUAGUUUCAAAACUUAACUGUUCUUCCUUGUGUUAGUUUUUAUUUCAUAAUUCCAGAAAUGCCAGACCAUGGAGUAACUCCUGGAGUCCUGUGUGUUGCAUUCUUUCCUCCCUCUCUUGCCAGUGACUUUUAAAACAAUGACAACCAACCAGGCCUACUAUCAUUUGUAAUAGUAGAGUAUCAGAACAGUUUCCCUGUCGAUUGCAAAAGGUAUAUUUCUGGUCACCACUGGCACUUGCAUUUGGGAACUAAAUAUGCAUUGAAAAGAGGUGGUCUGUCUUUUAUACAAGGUCAUUCUUCAUAUAUUAUUUAAGCAUAGGCUUUUAAUGAGCAAUCAGUUUUGAUCAGGCAUUCCAAGCUAAAAUACCAUUUUCAUGAGGUUUUAUUUUAUCCUUGACUAUAUUUUUGUUCUUGUUGCUGUGAGUCUUCCAUAGCAUCAUCGGGUGCCAAAGAAAUCUUCAAGGUCUCCGACUUGACGUGUAGCUGCUAAACGUCUCCAUAUCUUGUCCAUUGCUCUAUGGGUUGUUUCAGCAUCUGCAUCUGGUUUCAUAGCCUAAUGAAAACCGCAGCAUCUCUUGUGAAUGAAAAGUGGUUCUGUAGUGAUGUGGCGCAGCACAUGAAACAUAUUGCUGCAACUUGCUCAUGUGCCACAUCCAGGAGUCAUUAAUUGUCUCCACGAAGCUUGUAAGCAUUAAUACAUUAUAUGUGGCUUGGCCCUGGGGACAUAAACUCAUGAAGACCAAUGCACUGGCUCAUCGCCACAUGUCACAAUGGUCGGUAGGGAGACUUGUGUGGAGCAGAUGAAAUAUCUUUCCUUUGAAAUCGUCUGGAGGCUGUGGUUCUAAGCAGAGCAGGAAAAAGGCUUCUUUGAAAUAAAACUUGCAAGUAAACAUGGCUGUAGAAUUGAGGUAUAACUUGCCCAAGUUCUAUGGAAAACUCUUGGAAAGAGAAUAUAGUUUUCUGUAUUCUGUUAUCCAAAAAUAUACUGAUCUUUGAAUGGGGUUCAGAUACUUGCUGAAUGGUCAUAGGCUAGUGCCUGAGGCUUUAAGGGGAUUUGGAAAUAGGCAUAGUUGGGGAUGAACAAUCUAUGACCUUCUCACAAAGUUGCCCUGCUUGCAAAUCUGGCCUUGAAUCAGUUGCUGGUUCUGUGGUGAGCUGUAUGCCGGUGUGGUGUGUGGUGUGGUUUGGUUUUUGAGAUGUUCCUGCUGUCCAGCACCUGCAUUUGCCAGUGGCAUAUCUGGCUCUGACAAGCCAUCUGUUUGGAUCCGAAGCUGGAAGAAGCUUUUGCACAGGAGUGCAUGGUGUAAUUACCACCCUUGGGGAGAAUGAUGACCUCGUCUUUCCUCCUCAGUCUGCCUGUCUCUGUCUAAACCCGCUCCUGUCAUCUGCAGCCCCGUGACCCAGAGAGCCGCUCCGCAGGUGGAGCCAGGCGCUGCUUUCCUGUUCCUCCUCGGCUCACCCAGGUGUAUUUCAUCAUGGCUUCCUUUGGAGCUGCCUUUACGGCUUCGGCUUCGGCGCCUUUCUUCUCUCUCUUCAAAAGCCACCGGGAAGAUUGAGCGGCACGUGCUGCUCCCUCCUCCUCCUCCUCCUCCUCCUGUGUUCCUGUGCCCCAGCAGCUGAUAAAUGGCACUACGUUUGUUCCACUGCAGAGUGAAAUAUGAAAUCCCAUAAAGCCGCCUCACUUAUUAGAUGAUUCUCAGCAAGCUGCUUAUUAUGCGCUGUGGCAUAAUGCAGAUUACAAAUGUGACCAAAUGAUAAUUAGCAAAGCUGGAGUGGCAAUUAGUGUUCUUCUGCUGAGUGCUGAUUACCUUUCAAAGUAGAAGGCAGCUGAACAGUUUGCAAACCUGCAACUACCCUGACUCUAAACACACCAAGAAGUGGCCCAAUUCUGCCUCCAGGGAUACACUGUGGUGAACCAGUUUCCAUCUUUCAGAAUGAAUCGACUGCCCGCGGUUCCUUGCCAAAUGUUUUGCUUUAAUAUGUAAGAGGGAGGGAACAUCUGUUCAGGAUUAGGGAACGGGGUUUUCUGGAGCAGACAAUUAGUUCCAUUCUCUGUUCUCACAAGAAACAGGCAGAGGUUUCUAGCAUUUUCUCUGGCAAUAUGACAUUGCCCUCAGCUGAGAGUGUUGGGACACCACCAGUGAGCCCAUCUGAGAGAAUCGGCCUAGCAGGCUGCAGUGCUGGGAAGUGCAAACCUGCUAUUUUGGGACUGGAGACUUAGGGCUGACACUAGAGCCGUUGCUGGAAAUACGCAAAAAAAUGCUUAGGUUAUUGUGAGGCUGCAGCAGCAUAUUGUGUGAAGAGGCAGAUUCUCUGUUGCCCUUUGAAACCUUUUCUCACAGGCAGACAUCUUGGGACUUUGACAAAUGCAUCAUGAGUAGGUCUUUUGGCUCAGCAUUUGGACACAAAGGUUGUUUUGCAUCUCUGUGCCAAUCUUGAGCAGAAAGGGAAGAGAAGCAAAAGGACAUGCCUCCACAGAUGCAGGCACUGGGUUUGGCUCUGGCUCCACACAGUGUGAGACACCUUUUCCUUUCCAUGUACACAAAACACUCAGGAGAGGGGUAAGUAUUAACCUCUAGUGUUUAUAGCAAGGCUAGGCAGAGCCAAGUUCAUUUUUCCAUAACCUGAGCCAGGUGCAAAAUAGUGGCACAGCAGACAGUGCAUUAUGGGAUAGGGUGCUUGUAAGCACAUGAUUGCCAGGAAUGUUUGAUCAGUACCAAGCUGAUAAAUUUUCACAGAAAUACCCACUUCUGGUUGCCCUUCCCCCAGUGUUCUUUUUUCUAGUUUAAUUUAUGGGAAUUUAUAGUUGUUGCUAUAUAGACAAUUAGGAUUUAGAAACCUUUGCUGAUCUACUGCAAAUCACCUAGAGACCUCCCAGUUGAUAUUGUUGAUGUUCUGCCUGUCCCCCACUUAUAUAAAUCUUAUGCUUCCCCCUGACAAGCUAGUUUUCUGCGUGCAGGCAUGUGUUUUUCACAAGAACACCCAGUCUGCAAGUGGGGGCUUACAUGAGGGAACUUGUCCAAUCAAACUACAGGGGUUAAUUGCUUUUCUGAGAACUAGGUCAUAGACUUUGCUACCUGCCUGGGCAGAUACAUGCAGCUCAGUCACUACAGAUUAAACUAGCAGCCAGUAUUAAAUGUUGAUCAGAUUGGAUUUGCUUUGUUCAGCUGUCCAGAGCAGGGAUAUACACAGAAGGAGAGGGAGCCAAGUGCAGGCAAAAGACACUCAGGGUGUUUUGUUCUGCUAUGUUAACAUGACUGGAAGUGAAAAUCCAUCCCCAGAGCUCAGCAUUGCCCACGUUCUUGGGCACCGAACCUUGCCAAAGGCGAGGCAGCUGUUUCCUCAGUUAUUGCUUGUGUGAUGGGGGACAUUUAAUGAGAUUGUGUGCACUGAAGAGUAAACCUAAGUGUUUUUCCCUGUUUCUUAUCCAGCAGGGGCACUAGGUAGUAUAAUAAUCACUACUGCCAUUUUCUUAGUCAAACUCAGGACACGGUUUGUACCUGAGAGCUAAAAGGGGCUUAAAUUAGAUGAUAGUGUUGCCGUCCUCCCCUGCUUAGGGAUUGUUAGAGGAACACUGGAAAGAUUUGCUUCCACAGGGCUGGGCAAGACACACUUGGGCACACAAGAUUCAACUUGCCCUAUUUCACUGCAAUUUAAUUGCUUCAUAAAAAGACACAGCCAGCUCUGGGGGGCGGGGGGCACGGCAACAAAGGAGGAUACCUGGCAACUGUUCAAAAACUUGAUUUAGUUUGAGUGGGAAUAUGUAGUGUUGGCAGUCAUGUUCCAUAAAUAACACCCGGUUUUAUAACUCCCCGCAAAUGCCUGUGGAAAGAAGCGUGCAGGGCAUCUCCUGGCAAAGGGCUUGGGACUUCUGCUUUUGGCGCAUCGGAGACCAAGAAGGGCAGGCUAUAGUCUGCAGCAAGCAGGCAGAUUUCCGGAGUGACAGCUUGAAGGCUUGAUUCCCCGGCGAAAUGUGCCUCUGCGUACCCAGAUGCAUUCAGGGCCAUCACUUGGACGCUGAGUAGCACGUGGUACAAUUUUUGAAUUAGCUGAUGAUUUGAGGGGCAACAAAAGCCAAAUGAGAAAGAAACCUUGUUUCCUGAGAAGACUGCAUUCUGUAUGGAGUCUCCAGUGUCCACCCCUGCAGUGCUACCGUUGCAUCUUCUUGUCCCUGUUGUCAACAAUGAUAUCUCAUCACCAUGUGAGCAGAUAAUGGUACGCACUCGCUCUGUAGGGGUGAACACCUGUGACGUGGCACUGGCUACUGAGCCAGAGUGCUUGGGCCCCUGUGAACCUGGCACCAGUGUCAAUCUGGAAGGCAUCGUGUGGCAGGAGACAGAAGACGGCAUGCUGGUGGUAAAUGUCACCUGGAGGAAUAAGACGUAUGUGGGGACUCUACUGGACUGCACCCAGCAUGAUUGGGCACCACCCAGGUUCUGCGAUUCUCCCACCAGUGACCUAGAGAUGCGAAAUGGCCGAGGGAGGGGCAAGCGCAUGCGGCCCAACAGCAACCCGCCAAUGAACGAAAGCACAGCAGCCUCGGAUAGCAAAGGGACCAGCAACAGCAGCAAGACUCGGGCAGGGGCCAAUAGCAAAGGGCGGCGAGGCAGCCAGAACUCCUCGGAGCACCGCCUCCCACCUAGCGGUACAUCCGAAGACGUCAAGGCUAGCCCUUCAUCAGUGACCAAGCGGAAGAGCAAGCCUCUCUCUGACAUGGAGGUGAAUUCCAGUUCUGAGGACUCAAAGGGAAGCAAGCGUGUCCGGACAAACUCCAUGGGCUCAGCUGCCACGCCUCAGGUGGCGGCGGCGGCGGCGGCCACCACAACAGUCAAGGUGGAACCGGCCAUUCUAGAUAGGAACUGUCCCUCCCCGAUACUCAUUGAUUGUCCCCACCCCAACUGUAGUAAAAAGUACAAGCACAUCAAUGGGCUGAAGUACCACCAGGCCCACGCACAUACUGACGACGACAGCAAGCCUGAGGCUGAUGGGGAUAGCGAGUAUGGAGAGGAGCCAUCCCUCCCAGCUGACCUGGGCAGCUGCAAUGGUGCCUCUGGUAGCCAGAAAGGCUCUCUAUCCCCAGCUCGAUCGGCCACCCCCAAAGUGCGGCUGACAGAACCCCACAGCCCCUCCCCAUCAAGCAAGUUUAACCCCAAGGCCGCUUGUAAGAAGAAGCUGGGUGCUGAGGGUGACCCUGACCCUGGUGCUCUGUCUAAUGAUGGCUCUGAGGAUGGCCCUUUGGUUGCUGAUGAGACAAGCAACGACGGCUUUGACUCAGUGGAGAAGAGAAGCACUGAGAAGGAGAAAGCUAAGAAGCCAGUCAGCAUCAAGCCCGAAAAGAUCUCUUCAAAGAGCAUCAAGGCCGCCCGACCUAUUGCCCCAGCCAUCCCACCGCAGAUCUACACCUUCCAGACAGCCACAUUCACAGCCGCCAGCCCUGGCGCCUCCGCAGGCCUCACCACCACGGUGGUCCAGGCCAUGCCCAACAGCCCCCAGCUGAAGCCCAUCCAGCCCAAGCCAACUGUAAUGGGAGAGCCGUUCACGGUCAGCCCAACACUAACUCCUGGCAAGGACAAGAAGAAGAAGGACAAGAAGAAGAAGGACUCCAAGGAGGCAGAGAGCCCCUUGACCCCUGGGAAAGUGUGUCGCUCUGAAGAAGGCAAGAGCCCCUUCCGGGGGGAGCCCGGUGAGCCUGGGGCGAAAGGGGAGAGCCUGCUGAACGGCUCCUCGGACCCCCACCAGAGCCGCCUGGCCAGUAUCAAGGCUGAGGCAGACAAGGUCUACAGUUUCACGGACAACGCCCCAAGCCCUUCCAUUGGGGGUGCUAGCCGACUCGACAGUGCAGCACCCACACAAACCAUGACUCCGCUUCAUGUUGUCACCCAGAACGGUGCAGAAGCUGGCUCUGUGAAAACCAACAGCCCGGCUUAUUCGGAUAUCUCGGAUGCAGGGGAGGAUGGCGAAGGUAAGCCGGACAACAUAAAGACCAAGGAUCCAGAGCAGCUCGCCAAGGAAGGGGCCAAAAAAACCCUCUUUCCCUCUCAGCCUCAAAACAAGGAGUCUCCUUACUAUCAAGGCUUUGAGGCUUACUAUUCACCGGGCUACGCUCAGUCAAGUCCUGGCCCUGUUCAUCCCAACAGCCAAGCCACCAUAGAUGGUCAGGCCCUGAAGCUGAAGAAGGAUGAGGAGCCACCAAGCCCAGAGGUGAAGGUGAAGAAUGAAGCUUGUGAGGAGAAGAAGGCUGAGCUAGGCCCCUCUAAUCAGCAGCCGUCUGUCAUCCAACAAAGGUCCAAUAUGUACAUGCAGUCGCUUUACUAUAACCAGUAUGCCUACGUGCCUCCUUAUGGCUACAGUGAGCAAGGUUAUCAUGCACACCUCCUCAGCACCAAUCCUACCUACCGGCAGCAGUAUGAGGACCAGCAAAAGCAGCGGCAGAGCCUGGAGCAACAGCAGCGUGGGAUGGACAAGAAGGUGGAGCUUGGGCUGAAAGAGAGAGAGGUGGUGCUCAAAGAGGAAUGGAAACAGAAGCCAUCUCUUCCUCCGACUCUGACCAAAGCACCCAGCCUGACGGAUUUGGUUAAAUCUGGACUGAGCAAAGCCAAGGAUCAGGGUGCGGAUGUGGCCAAGUCAGUUAUUAUUCCCAAGUUGGAGGAUUCUUCAAAGCUUCAAAGCCAGACCACAGAAGGCCUCAAGGGAAAGUUAAGCGAUACCCACCUUGGCAAGGAGACAGCAGAGUCAAAGGCAGGUUUGGACUGUGGCCGGCAGGCUGAGGUGGACCCGGUACUCUGGUACAGACAGGAAACGGAGCCUCGCAUGUGGACCUAUGUUUACCCUGCUAAAUAUUCUGACAUCAAAACAGAGGAUGAGCGGUGGAAAGAAGAGAGGGAUAGGAAGUUAAAGGAGGAAAGGAGCCGCAGCAAAGAAUCCAUCUCCAAGGACGAGGGGAAGGAAAGCACGAGCUCUGACUGCAAAGUGCCCACCAGUGAGGAGUCGCGCUUAAUGGGGAAGGAGGCCCGGCCCAGCACCCAUGUUCCAGUGUCCUCCCCGCUCAGCCAGCAUCAGUCCUACAUCCCCUACAUGCACGGCUACUCGUACAGCCAGUCGUACGACCCCAGCCACCCCAGUUACCGUGGCAUGCCCACAGUCAUGAUGCAGAACUACCCAGGCUCCUACCUGCCUUCCAGCUACUCCUUCUCCCCAUAUGGUAGUAAAUCCUCUGGGAGUGAGGAAAGUGAGAAAUCCCGCGCCAGUCCCAGUAUCGGCUGCAAAUCUAGCUCCGAGUCAAAGGCCCUGGACAUCCUGCAGCAGCACGCCAGCCACUACAAGAGCAAGUCCCCAACGACAGGUGACAAGGCCCCUCAGGAGCGCAGUGGCUGUGGGGUGGGAGGAAGCAAUGCAGGCUGCAGCAGUGUGGGGGGAGCCAGUGGCGCUGAGAGAGGCGUUGACCGGCCCCGCUCCUCUCCUUCACAGCGCCUGAUGUCCACGCACCACCAUCACCACCACCUGGGCUACUCCUUGCUACCAGCCCAGUAUAACCUGCCAUAUGCAACAGGUCUCUCUUCGACAGCCAUUGUGGCCAGCCAGCAGGGCUCUGCUCCUUCCUUGUACCCCCCGCCCCGGAGGUGAAAAUGGACAUGAUGUGAUCCGAUAACCUGGGCGAUACCAAGCCAUGUGACUGGCUCACAUGAGGAAGCGCUGGAAAUUGCAUUAGACAUCAGUUGAAUGGUGUUGAUUGUUCCGCUCGAUGGUCCUGCCAUAAUGUGAGGCAGACUCUGCCCCCUCCCCUACUGAACACAAGCUGAGCCCCGUGUGUGUGAGUUGUGGAGCUGGGACUUGCAGAAAUAUUUAUUCGCCUGACUUGGGGUUGACUGGCCAAUUUCCAGAACUGCUCUGGAGUGGGGACUUCACGGUGGGGGGUCAAGCCGUGUGGCUUCACGGGAUGCUUGGAAGGGCCGGGGGGGAGGGGGCACAAAGCCCCACGCCUCAUUUGCAGCUCUGGCUCCUGGGCAGCAGCCAAGACCAGCUACUCCAGGACCGGCUGAAGGCAAGGAGAGCAUCCAGACAGUGUCUUUUUGUUACUGAUAAGCGGUCACCUGGCACAAACAGGUAGGCGGGCUCCUCACAGAGCACAGGGAAGAGCUGAUGCUCCUGCCUCGCGGAGGGGUGGUGAGGGGGGCAGCAGGGCCUGCAGCGAGCACAGACCAGCAGUGUGCUCCUCACCCAGGACGAAGACUCAAACUCCGUAGCACUUGCCUCUCAGCCUGCUGCUCCCCCCUGCUCCCCGGCCAUGGGCUACUCGUCUGAUCUCUCUCCCUGCUGGCAGGACUCGUGUGUUGCAGUGGCAGAUGCUUCGUUGAACAGCACAAAAGUACAUUCAGUUCUGCAUAAAACGGGGCCUUCUGGCAGGCUGGCCUGCUCGCACUGGAACGGGUCUCCACCCUGCCCAGCAGUCUCCUUGCUCCACCCCACCGGCAAGCUGCUGUCUGCCUGGUCUUUCCCGUCUUCCUCGGCCCCUUCAAAAACCAAUUCUUGUUUUCAUUAACACAAGAGGGCAAAGAUGGGGCUGGUUAAACUUCAGGUGUGCAGUUCUUGGUUCCCGUUUUCGGCAAGAUCAUCCCUUCUCAGCAGGGAGUGGAGGGAUGGGAGCCUGGGGCCAUAAGGUGUGGAUGUGGGAAUUCGUGGGUUGAUAGGAGGGAGAGCAACAGGCCUGACAACUGGCUGCUCACCCGUGAAAGCCGGUCAUAGCUGCAGGCGCUGCCCGUGCAGGGCAUCCCCAGUGGUGCUCCAGGGCCUCGCCACACACCCCAUGGGUUCCGGGAGCUCGCCCCGCCCCGAGCAGAGGAAGGCCGUUGCCCACACCACUGGAUGCCCGUGUGGAUUUCUCUCCCCCACCCCGUUGCCAAGUGGUCCUUGCUGAAACUCGGCCCGUAUCUGUAGGAAUUCCCUGCAGGGUGCUCGGCUUGAAUUGCAAACGGGGGCAUGGGCGGCCUUCCUUGCCCAGCCACGCUGGCUCCAGAGGAGCGGGUGCUGUAUGUGUGUCCCACCAUUGCAAGUCCCCAGCUCUGUCUUUCUGUUCCUAUCCACAUGUUGUGCGAGGCCACCUCUCUGCCUCUCAGAUUUUGUAUAUACUGUAAAAAGGAAUUGUUUGAAA